GUUGGUAAAGAUGCAUCGAAACUGAGAAACUGUCCAGUAGCCGGACUCCAGUUCUCUGCAGCGGCUCACAGCUGAACCGUUUGACCCAGUCUGAGGAGCAGCGGGCCCGUGAGGUCUAAACAGCUCUUCAGAAAUGAUUCACCUGAAGACAAAGAGGGAUUUUUAAAACCAAUCACAGCCUAUUUAUUGGGAGUUUUCUGGUUUCAUUCAUUGCUGCUCCAGUGACAGAGGACAAUGACUUUUUUAAUGAAAAAGAAGAAGUUCAAGUUUCAAGUGUAUUUCACACUAGAGGAGCUCACGGCGGUGCCGUUUGUCAACGGGGUGCUAUUCUGUAAGAUCCGGCUGAUAGAUGGUGGAGACUUCGCUGUGACGUCAUCCAGGGAGGAGGUGCAGCAGAACUGCGUUCGAUGGAGGAAGAAGUUCUCCUUUGUGUGUAAAAUGAGCGCUAACCCGAUCACCGGUGUGUUGGACCCCUGCAUCUGCAGGAUCUCUGUACGCAAGGAGCUCAAAGGAGGAAAAACCUUCUCAAAGUUAGGUUUUGCUGAUCUCAAUAUUGCAGAGUUUGCUGGAUCAGGCUCCACAGUUCGCUGCUGCAUCCUGGAGGGUUACGACACCAAAAACACUCGACAGGACAACUCCAUCCUCAAGGUAACAAUUGACAUGACUCUUCUGUCUGGGGAUCCCUGCUUUAAAACGCCCCCCUGCACAGCCAAAUCUGUCUCCACGGGGGACCAGGACCCCACCCUGCAGCUGGACUGUAAGGGAGAGAGCACUGAUGCCACACUGCAGCCACUGGGGGGCAUCGUGGAGGGAGCCCGCACCUUCAAACCCCGACAGUCAUCGGUACGAAGCUCAGGGCUGCCUGAGGAGGGAGAGAGUGUCUCCAGUCCAGAGGAGGUCUUUCACACCGGUCACUUCCGCAGCUCCAGCUAUGCCAGCCAGCACAGCAAGAUAUCAGGCUACAGCACAGGUCACUCUCGCUGCUCCAGCCUGACUGACCUCAGUCACCAUAGAAACGCCUCCUCCAGCAGCAGCACCUCCUGCGGGGUCGCCCACCCUGCUCAGCCGCAUCCCUCCACCCCCACCGAGCAUCACAGACAAGCAACUCCUACCAAACCAGAGAGGCCUCCUCCACCCUCUGCAGCAGCCCUCAUGUCCAACAGGUCCUCCAGGAGGAAGAAGGACACCGUGCAGAGGCAGCCCAGCUGUGUGGACGACACUCGCAUCGAUGCAGACGACAUCGUGGAGAAGAUCGUCCAGAGCCAGAACUUCUCUGACAGCAGCAACAAGGAAGACAGCAACUUGAGACUGUUUGUUAGUAAAGAUGGGACCACUGCCCUCAGUGGGACUCUGGCCAACAGAGGAACACCUGGUGUGUUUGAGCCAGUCGUCAUCGAGUCUCACUGACAGACACAUGAACUCAUCUCCAGCCACAUCAGCGUGUUAACGACUCUCUGAUCGUCUGUGUGCAUGUGCGCACAGCUCGAUAUAAGACUACUAUGAUACAGAUAUUGAGCCUUUCUGCUUUAUUUAAGCAGGUGGUUGAAAGUGUGUUUAACACAGCUACUGUAUUUUCUCAAAUAGUAGACUGGGCUUUUUUUUUUUACCUCAGACGAAGAAAGAGCAGUUAGCAUUAGUGUUAGCAUCAGGCUAGCUGCUGAUACCAAGGUGUCUACAAAUACUGAAUUAAUUCCUUUUCAUUAAUAUGUGGACUGUUGUCCCUUCACCACUGUGUUAUGCAGCUGUGAUGCUGUAUUUCAACAAUACUAACCAGCAUUAGCAGUGUUAGCAGUCGUUAGUUAGGUGCCUGAUGCAAACUAAACACUAAUAGACUAGAGAUUAGUUAUUCUUUUAAAAGGAGAAACACCAGGUUCUCCUUUUCUUCUGGGCUGUAAUUUAAUUACCAGAUUCUAUUUGAGAAUUUACAGUACUCCAAUAAUCAUUUCUUUACACUGGGUGUGUGUCAGACCUGAUCCUGGAUCAGUGGGUUGAGUCAGUGGCUCCUGGAACAUCUGGAGAAUCACUUGUAAAAAUCUUUGUUCACUGUCGUCCCUGACUGGAGGUGACACUACAGCACUUCACAAGGCAGCAGGUCAGUUUCAGAGCCGACAUGUAUACAUGUCACAGUAGGAAAAUCACAGGUAUAAAUUAUAAAAUGAAUCAUGUCUGAAUUCCAUUCAGUUGCAACAGUUUCAUGGUGGUGCAGUGGUUAGCACCAUCGCCCGGGUUCUGUGUGGAGUUCACAUGUUCUCCCUGAGUCUGUGUGGGUUUUCUCCAGCUUCCUCCCACAGUCCAAACACAUGCAGGUUAACUGGUGACUCUUUCCUGUUGGUGUGAAUUUGAGUGUGAAUGUUUGUUUGUCUCUAUCUGUCAGCCCUGUGAUAAACUGGUGACCUGCCUAGGUGUACUGCGCCCUCGCCCAAUGUCAGCUGGGAUUGGCUCCAGCCCCCCUGUGACCCUAAAAGGAUAAGCGUUAUUACUACUGAAUGAAUGAGUGAAUGAAUGAAUGAAUGCUUGCUUCACUGUCAAUGUCCCAGUUUAUCAGGACACGAAUUUGUUAAUAUUCCUGAGCUUUUCCUAAUGUCCAAAAUGUCUGCCGUGAGUAUUGUGUUGCCAAGUGACAGUCUACUCAUCAGCUGAACAUCAAAUAUGACAAAAAAAACAGAUUUUCAGAAGACAGACAGCUGCAGCUAAUAAAGUCAGUAAUUAGUCAGUUUGAUGAAGCUGUGCUGAUUAGCAACCAUACUGUGACAGGUUAGUGACCUCUGCUGUGAUCCUGUUCCCUGUACUGGGAUUCUCUACAGACUGAAAAGAGGACCACUCUGAAACACACCCAGUGACUCUUUGACCAGUGCCAAGAAUUAGAACCAGAAAUUACUUGAACAAUACCCUGAAAACCACCACAGUGUGAGAAGUGUAGUCCAACACUGAAAUAAUGCUGCGUUCAGGAGCACCUUGUCAACUCUGAAAGUCGAACGUUUCCGAGUUUAUCACCAGGAAGUGGUACCUGAUCACCUGACAAGUCAGUAACACCUGUGGUAAAGUCAGACCAUGAGUCCUCUCGAUGGACAACUGGAAACAGUGUUUAAGGUUCAUCUCCAUAUAAACUCAUGUGACAGCCUGUUCACUGCUCUGGCUCACUUUCUGGUUUAACCACUGACUGACGACCUCACAAGUCAAGCAGCUGGUGAAUGUGUGGUGAUAAUUUUCUGACUUUACAAGUUGACGAGGACUCAGCAGCUGCAGCACCAGAGCCAUCAGAGGCUCUGACUGAGGGCAGACUGGAACUGAAACACAAGCUUUUAUGAUAUUUUAAUGCUAUUUGAUGCCUGUGUACAGUAUGUACUUCUAUAUUUUGCACAUGUGUACUCUGUGGGGAGGAUUGUUAGAAACCACUAAAAUGAAACGGAGAUGGUACAGUUUUCUAAAAUGACAUCUGACAUGUUCUUUUUUAAAAUGUCUUUAUUCUUUUCAGCAUUUCAUGCCAUUGCUCUUUUUAUCAGACAAAAUGCUCUUAGGAGACAGCAUCCUAUGUUCAUAUGGCUGGCCGUAUGGAACCGUCCACUCCUUGUACUUACUAAGUCCUUACUCUUUGAAUCUGAAUCUGAAUGCUCUUAUCGACUUAUCAAGAAUGUGAGUUUGUUGUGAUGUGCUCACUUGCCUGAAUUCUAAAUGUUAUUCACCUUUUUCAAGCUUUGGUCGAAUGUGCUCAAGUUCAUGUCACAACUCUAUAUGCACAUUUAUUAUAUGAAUGGUUUGUCCUUAAAAACAUUUUUACUUGUUGAAAAGUUCCUUAUCUGAUUUUUGCAGAAAGCAAGCUGAAAAUAUAUUAUCACUUAUCAAUCUCAGUCAAGGUCUUCCCUCUCUUUUAGCUCUAUGUUUGGUCUCCACCAGGUCAUGAGGGAAAUAUCUGGGGCUUGUUGCACAAAACACCUUAAGUUUUCUACAAAAGUAUGACACUUAAAGGUUUAAUUUCACCUUAGCUGAGUGAGUUGAGGGUGUUGCACAGAAUAUCUCAAAAGGUGUGCUUAGUUAAGUAAAAAUGAAGUGAAAGAUUUUACAGUGAUCAAAUUUUACUGUUUCCAUGGAGACAGUUUGUGUGCUGGCGAUAGCGCUUGUGAUACAUAUAUACAAUAUACUCCUGGGUCUGAUUGUACAAUACACAUUAAGUUUUCUACUUAAUCAUGACACUUGAGGUUUGCUCUCUCCUUGGUUGAAGGAGUUGCACAGAAUUUCUUAAAGGGUUCAUUUUCUUCAUUUAUUGCCAGAAACAUGGUCAUGUUGCAGUUGAGAUAGCGUUUUAAGUAAUCUUAAAUACUUGUGAACAUUUUAAGGAAACCUUAAGUCAGACUUUAAGGAAAAUCUUAACUUUAGGUGUUUUGUGCAACUGACCCUUGGGAUCUGUUUCGUUUUAUUAAUUUAUUCCUGUAAACUCAUGUUACAGUUAAGAUAGAGUCAGAGGUACCUUUAGUUUUUUGCCUUACUUUGGUCGCUAAGGUUGUCUAUGCAACGGGUUAACUGACUUUAAGUGAUUCCUUAUGAAGUGAUUUUAAGGAAACCUUAACUUAAAGGUGU